AUGUUAAUAAAAAUUAAAUUCUUUUUAGGACCUUCACAAAUAGCAUUUAUAAUUCGUACAAUGGAAAAAAUGGAACGUGAAAUAGCAAUUAAUAAUGUUGCAUGUAUUAAAUUUCGUCCAAAACUUUCAACUGAUCAAUAUUAUAUAAGUUUUAAAGAUGGAGAUGGAUGUUCAUCACCUGUUGGACAAAUGAGAGGUGAAGAAAUGGAACAUAUAGUUACAUUAAAUUAUCCUGGUUGUUUUGUCGAUGCAAUUAUUAUGCAUGAAUUAUUGCAUACAUUAGUAAAUACAUUAAAUACUCCAUAUGAUUAUGCAUCCGUAAUGCAUUAUGAACCGACUGCUUUUUCAUUAAAUAAUCUUCCAACAAUUGAAGCACUUCAACCAAAUGUUGAAUUUGGACAACGUUAUAAUAUGAGUACUUAUGAUAUUUUAGAAGUUCGAUUAUUUUAUAAUUGUUCAGCACGUGGUGUUACACAUCCACCAAUGCUUACAACUACGACAGUUAAUUUAUAUGUAAGAAAUGAAACAUUAUCAUCAUCAUUGACGCAAAAGAGCGAAUCAUUUAUUUUUCCAUAUAAACUCAAUGGCAUUUACUAUUAUGAAGCAUUUCAAGUGACUGUACCAGUAGAUGGUGAUUAUAUUAUACUUAUCUCUGAUAGUUCAGUACGAAUAUGUUGGAUUUUAUAUAAGAUUAAUUUUUAUGCAAAUUCAUCAGAUGUUAAUUUGGUCAUAGCAAGGUGUGGUACGGUUGAAAUUUUACAAAAUCAGAACAGUUUUUAUUUUAAAUCCCAGAAUCGAUACGUAUUAGUUAUUACAACAGAUAAUUCAAACAUCACUGGAAAUUAUACAUUAUUAAUAUCUGGAUUAAAUCAGAUUCAGUUUCGUCAAAUAAAUAGUUCUUCAAUUGUACCAACAACAACAACACAAUUUCCAAGUAGUCAAACAUUUACGUCGGAAUAUUCAACUUCAUUGACAGAAAACAGUCCUAAAUAUGACCGAUUAGGCAGUGUUGGUAUGUACUAUUAUGAAGCAAUAAUGAUAUCUGUACCUGAAACUAAUACUUAUGGUGUUGUGAGCAAUUCCAGUAUUGAUACUUAUGGAUACUUAUAUGUGGAUAAUUUUAAUUCAUCGAAUAUAGAGGAAAAUUUAAUUUCUGGAGAUGAUGAUUCUGAAGACAAUUUACAAUUUGGAAUGAUACAUCAAUUUAAAUCUAUGAAAAAAUACAUUUUGGUUGUAACUACAAAGAGUCCUCUAGUCGUAGGAUCAGUUUCAAUAGCCGUUAUUGGUCUAAGAGAAGUUACACUUACUUCUCUGACGAUAAAUUGUGAGUAG